CGGAGGGGGCGCCCCGGCCCCGCUGCCCUGGGGCUAUGGCCAUGGUGACCGGCGGCUGGGGCGGCCCCGGCAGCGGCGGCGGCGACACGAACGGCGUGGACAAGGCGGGCGGCUACCCGCGCGCGGCCGAGGAAGACUCGGCCUCACCCCCGGGCGCCGCCAGCGACGCUGAGCCGGGCGACGAAGAGCGGCCGGGGCUGCAGGUGGACUGCGUGGUGUGCGGGGACAAGUCGAGCGGCAAACACUACGGCGUCUUCACCUGCGAGGGCUGCAAGAGCUUCUUCAAGCGGAGCAUCCGCCGCAACCUCAGCUACACCUGCCGGUCCAACCGUGACUGCCAGAUCGACCAGCAUCACCGGAACCAGUGCCAGUACUGCCGCCUAAAGAAGUGCUUCCGGGUGGGCAUGAGGAAGGAGGCGGUGCAGCGCGGCCGCAUCCCGCACUCGCUGCCGGGCGCCGUGGCCGCCUCCUCGGGCAGCCCCCCGGGCUCGGCGCNGCUGCUCUUCAGCACCGUGGAGUGGGCGCGCCACGCGCCCUUCUUCCCCGAGCUGCCCGUGGCCGACCAGGUGGCGCUGCUGCGCCUCAGCUGGAGCGAGCUCUUCGUGCUGAACGCGGCGCAGGCGGCGCUGCCCCUGCACACGGCGCCGCUGCUGGCCGCCGCCGGCCUGCAUGCCGCGCCCAUGGCCGCCGAGCGCGCCGUGGCCUUCAUGGACCAGGUGCGCGCCUUCCAGGAGCAGGUGGACAAGCUGGGCCGCCUGCAGGUCGACUCGGCCGAGUACGGCUGCCUCAAGGCCAUCGCGCUCUUCACGCCUGAUGCCUGUGGCCUCUCAGACCCAGCACACGUGGAAAGCCUGCAGGAGAAGGCGCAGGUGGCCCUCACAGAGUACGUGCGGGCUCAGUACCCGUCCCAGCCCCAGCGCUUCGGGCGGCUGCUGCUGCGGCUUCCCGCCCUGCGCGCCGUCCCCGCCUCCCUCAUCUCCCAGCUGUUCUUCAUGCGCCUGGUGGGCAAGACACCCAUCGAGACGCUGAUCCGAGACAUGCUGCUGUCAGGAAGUACCUUCAACUGGCCCUACGGCUCAGGCCAGUGACAGGCCGGCUGCGCUGUGGCUGGGUCUGCAGACCUCAAGGGACACGGAUGCUUUGGCCCUACGCGGGGCCCCCAAGUGGAGGACCUUGGCUUCUCUCCUCAGACUCCUAUUUUUUAAAGACUGUGAAAUGUUUGUCUCCUCUGUUUUUUAAAUGAUCACGAAACCAAAAAGAGAGUGCUUGUCCAAGCUCUGGCCUCAGCCUCCCCAGAACUCCUGGCCAGAAUAGAGGGGGGAGGGACCAAGGGUCCGUUUCUGGGACAGCCGGGAGCUCAGCACCCCAAGCAUGAACUUUUGGGCCGGUGGGGUUGGCUUCCCUUGUGUGAUGGACAGAGGCCUGGUGUCUGGACUCAAGGGGUAGGGGUCGUAUGUGCCAGGUGAAUCCUCUGGACACGUAAUCCACGUUGGACACUACAUGAUGAGUGAAUCAAGGCCAAUAAUAAAGAUGUUUCCUACCUG